AUGGAAGAAGAGCGACGCAUUGAACAGAUUGGCUCUGGCCAAGACCCGGCCUUCCAGCGGCACGAGUCACCGGCCUUCUCUCAGCAAGCACAUGCUUUCGCCCCAACCGCAACACCAGGAGUGGCUGCUCUUCCUCCUCCUGCUGCGAACAUGAGCAGAGACCCAUCUAGCGCUGCUGCUCCGGUGUCUCUGUCUUCUAUGCCGCCCACUCCGUCGUCUUCGUCGACUCUCUCUUACGACCCCUCGCGCACGAUGAUGGACGUUGAUGGCGAUCGCGCUCGUCGAGCUGCUAGUGUCUUAUCCAUGGACGAUAUUGAAGCCGCUCAGGCUCUGGAAGGGCUUCGCUCCGAUUUUGGACAUUCCCCUCCUCAACAAACAUCCCAUUCGCAACAACCUUCCCAUUCCUCUGACACGCCAGCUUCAACCCAGCCUGAACCUUUACUGUCUCUUCUCACGUCGACCCAUCCGUUCAUCUCGUCCGCAAUUAGCGGGUCCGUAUCUGCGUAUGAGUCGUCCAAAUCGUAUUCCACACGCUUUAAAUACGGAGCUGAAUUUAUCGAGAGAAACAUCGGAUCGCCCGUCGUUAAUACUGUCGGCACCGUUUCGCGCAAGACUGGUGUAGAGGGAGGUCUUCGCUGGGCUUUUCAACGGCGAGACACCAACGACUUUGAAGAGCAAAACAAGCGCAGGAAGAUCGAGCCUGCUGAUAUAGAGAAAGCAGCGCUACAACAACGCUUGCGGUCCGCGUCGGAUACGUCAUAUUCAGAAACUUUGCCGCCAUACGAUGAUCAAAAGUCGCCCAACUACGACGAGAUCAACCGCGAUUCAAUGCAAGCCGAAUCAGAACAGAGCCAGAGGAGUUGGCAUAACCGUCUGGUAAUAUCGACCUCUGGGUUGAGUGUGGCUAUGAGCGAUGAGUCGAUCCGUCGGCUAGCCUACUGUCUGAAAUGGCUCAAGUGGGCCAACGAACGACUCAACAAUGCAGUCUUGGCUUUGAAAAACGUGCUCAGCAAAUGGGAAGAAUCAAAGCAGGGAUCAUCUACAGAUGAGAACUCGUCCCAAAAUCGUGCCAUGUUGUCGAAGCACAUCCAAGUAGUUAAAGAAGACGUCCUGCGAACGUUGAAGCAAGUCGUCGAUAUCGUGUCCAAGUACGCUGGAGGUGCACUCCCCGAAAACGCCGGGCGUUUGGUGCGCCGCCAUCUCGUCUCGCUCCCGCAGCGCUUCAAGCUGGCAUCGACUUCAAACUCGUCUACCGAGUCUGGGAACUCGGGCUCAGACGUGGCAACCAAUGCACGCCGCGUGCUUGUGCUCGCCCAAGAGGGGCUGGACAUGAUGACCCAGGUGCAUGGCGUUGUCGACGACACGCUGGUCAGCGCCCAGACGUGGUGUGAGCGGUUGAAUCGCAAACUGCCAGACCUAGCGAACGAUCAACAAAACCCGUCAGAAGCCACGCAACAAGAGAACCAGGCAAUGUCGAUUGACAUUAAAUCGCCUAUUGUAGACGCUCCACACCGAGAGGUUGAAAUGACAGAUGCGGAUGCUGUCUAA